GUGUUAUAAAAUCAUUGAUUUUAUGUGUUUUAUUUCAAGCUGUUUGUCUAAUUUAUACAUAUCUCCAUACAUACGUGGAAUGGAUAAAUUGUGGUGUCAUAAUUGUAACUACAUGUACAUUUACUAUAUACAUAUAUAUAUAUAUACACACAUACAUAUAUAUAUAUAUAUAUAUAUGAUACAUAAAAUGAUUAAAAUCGCAGUGUCAAUCGAAUCGAAGUGAGUUAAUUAUUUCGUUCUGAACCGAUCGGUGCGGAAGAAGAAAACCAAAGUCGAGGAGAGAAAAGCCGUCGUUUUCCCUCCGAAGGACAUUAUUGGCCCGAGCUUUUGUAUAACGCGUAAUGCGACAAACCAAUCAGAGUCCUUUAUUUCCUCAGCCUGAGGAGGGAAACGAAGGACUCCGAUUGGUUUGUUUUCUUGCACGUUAUGCAAGAGUUUGUGCUUCCGCCCUUACCGUCGCCUGUCCAAUCGCAGUUCUAGUGCAGCUUAGUGCAGAGGAAGGGAACGCAAAUCUCCCGAGUCCCGGUAUUUGAUUUUUUUCGUCUAUUCAUUUGGGACUGGGAGCACCAUCAGUGCGCAACGCGAUUUUACGUGUGUGUAUGUUCCGUUGGACGGGCAGCGUGUUAAUAAGCGAUUUAUUGCAUAAUUAUCAUAAUGGUAGCUCAUACGGUACUCUUGGACUUCACCGUGUCCAGCAAUAUGAUUGCUGAUAUGGAACAGCGAUCGGGCCUGAAAUCAGCCAUUGCCAAUGUGUUGUCUGAACAUUUUGUUGGUCUCAAGCCAUUAACGGAAUCUAAUAUCGAUGGCAGUCUGCUUGUUUUAUAUACCGGACCAAGAGGUAGUCUAAUCACUGUUAGAGGGUACACAGAAGGUCUGAUUACUCUAAACAUCGAGUAUUAUAAGCAAGACGACCAAGAGGCCCUUUUAACUUUUGAGCAGUGGCGAUACUUGGAAGCUGAUGUUGCCAUGGCUUUGAACAGCCAGCGCAGCAAGCGUUUACCUCCAGUAAGACGAGGAACCAUAUAUGACCUCUAUCUGACACUAUCAGACGAGCGGCUCCUAGAAUACGACAUAGACAAACUUGUUUUCGAGGCCAGAUCACCGUACCAGAAGGUGCAAAUCGUGCACUCCAAGACGCUAGGCAAUCUACUGGUACUCGAUGAGCUGCAAAACAUGUCCGAGGCGGAUCUCAUAUACACCGAGACACUGAUGCAACGCGGCAGGGAAAACUACGCCGGGAAAGAGAUAGUGAUACUCGGCGGUGGCGAUGGCGGCCUAUUGUGGGAGUUGCUGAAGGAGAAGCCGAAAUUUGUCACCAUGCUGGAAAUCGACGACAUUGUCAUGAAAGCCUGCAGCGAACACAUGCGGAGCAUAUGCGGCGAUUGCCUAGACAAGAAAAAAGGCGAUAAUUACGAAAUUAUUGUCGGCGAUUGCGUGAAAGCACUAGCACAUAUGAUCGAGGAAGGACGGCAGUUCGAUUACGUCUUCGGCGAUCUGACAGAUAUUCCUAUUAGCACAACGCCGCACGGUGACGCAUGGGACUUCAUUAGACUAAUUUUAAACUCUUCAAUGAAGGUAUUAAAGCCUACCGGGAAGUACAUGACGCAUGGAAAUGGCGCAUCCUGUCCAGAAUCUUUGAAGAUGUACGAAGACGUCCUGUCGCAACUGUGCGUACCCGUCAAGUUCACGACGGCUCGAGCCUUCGUCCCAUCCUUCUUCGAAGAAUGGAUCUUCUAUCAAGUCUCAAUGAAAUGAUGGAGUAAGAGCAGUACUCGGAGGACCAUGCCAAAGCGGCCUCCUCACAAUCCGCUACCACUUUUAUGACGGAAACUUCAUCCUCUAGUUCUAGCUUUGUUAAUUAAUAACAUUAGUUCCUGAGCGAGAUUAAUCAAACUUCAAUCAAUCUUUAAUUGCUACAUUUUUUUAAUGGUUUUAAGAUACUUUAUAGUUUAAGCUAUUGAAAGAUUGGAAGUAAAGUGAAAUGCAAACAUUUUAAAAGAUUUUUACAUAAUUUUUAAUAUGCUUUUUCUUUGGUUUUAAAAGUAUGUAAAUUUCUUUUAAUUAUAUUUCUUUUGUUAUUUAGCAAAAGAAAUUUGUAAGGUUUUCUUGAAGUUUUCAAUUAUGCAUUAUUUUUGUUCAUCGCACUUUUAUCCGUUGUUUUAUAGAACGGUUUGACAGUAGUAAUUAACUUUUGCUUUGCAAAUUCGAUCAAUCUCUCUCUUCCAUUAUUAUUCUUCGAUAUUUUAAGUACCGAUAUGAACAUUGUUUACAACUGCUGUUUAUAAGAAUUCAAAGGUGCUCUAUAUAUAUAAUAUUCCCCCCCCUUUUUUUUUUUUGAUAAAAUGUAUCAAAAUUCCAUUAGUGAAAUUUCAUCUUUGUGACGCAAGAUUUUUUAUUUUCUCUUUGAAUUAAUUGCUAAAAAACUAGCAGUUGUUAUUUUAGAGGAAUGUUUUAAACUUCAAACUUUUAGCACGUAAUCGUCUUGUCAAUUUUUACAUUAUGUCUUAAAAGGAUUGACAACAGUAACAAAUACGUUAUUAUUUGUUUUUCUUCUUUUUCUCACUUCGAUAUUUCGUCGCGACCGACUUGCUUUUAUCCGUGUGAUAAAUUUUUGCGUUUCGAUAAAAUACACAUGUAUGUCGAGAUGUGUAUACAUAUUUUAAAUAUGUAUAUAUUUAUCGCAUAUAUAUGUAUCAAGAUAUGUACACACAUAAUAUAUAUAAAUAUAUUUUGUAUUGUGUAAGACUCCGUAUGUAAGAACACGAUAUAAGGUCAGUUGUCAGGAUAAAUUAUUUUUCUAGCAGAUAUUUCUCACUGAUUUAAAAACGAUUCGUAAAACAUAUUGCGUAUUACAAGUUGCUUAACCCUAAACAGUAUAAAUUACUUUGACGCAUACAUAUCGAUGUACAAUCUCAAUUAAACAUUUAGUAUUACUCAAGUAUAAACAUGCGUGGUGAUAUUGAGAAUUUUCGUAUUAAAAUACAUUUUGUCAUAUCACCAAAAACUCUCUUAAAAUUCAAUUUUAUUAAAAAAUAAAAAUUUUUAAAAAGCAAAAUUUAUAUGUAAAUUACAUAAAAAAUAUAGAUGUGACUUAUAGGCGUGUACUAUUUAAUAACUCUCGAUCCGUAGAAAGGUGUACAGGAUGAGCCAGUGCGACAGAAAGAGAAACAGACCAAUGAUGAAAUAAACGGUAAGGAGAGAGAAUGAGAUAAUAUUCUCAUUCUAAUAAAAGCAGAUGCGUUGCAAUUUAGGAACAUAGUGGUCUCACCUUGGGGACCAAAUUCUCAAUGCUACAAUGACGUACCAUUGAUAUAUCUCGGUAUAAUGGUGCAAGAUAAAUGAUUUACGCGAAAUUUUUACUCGUAGUUCGUAUUCGAAAACGUAUUACAUAUGUUGCACGUUGCGUCUCAACUUUGACCGCUUUUGUUCUUAUCAAAACGUUUGGUUUUCUUCGAGUUUUAUACGGUUUGGGGUUAAGAAAAUGCACAAGUCCUAUCUGACUCUACACAAGUGAAUUAAAUGAAUUAUAGAGAAUAAUGCUAGGUAUUCGCAAAAACAAAAAAUUAUUCUAUCCUCUCUUAUGCAAUUUUAUAAACAAACAAUUAUUAAUUUAUUGAAGAUCA